UACUGUUCCAAUUAUAAAACGACUAUAAAUGUCUCGGAUUAGCCGUUGAUCACGUUAGAGCGAGAAACUGAAGUUUAUUUCUAUCCGAAUGUAUUUGGUGCUGAGAAGUCCACUGCGGCUCCUUCCCGCUUUGUCGUAUCCAUGGCGACGGCGCUCACUUCCGCCUCCAGAUGACCGCUUCCGCCGUGCGAUUCAAACAAUCGGCGGCGGCGGCGAAUUCCAGCAGGGUUUCCUAAAAGCGUCGGAGCGCGACGAUCAUCGCCGGCCAGUCAGAUCGCCGGAGCAGACGGUUUAUUCCGGAGAGAGCCCCUGUCUCCGUGCCCGCUUCCUAUGCGACAGAGUGGACGCCGGCUCCUCCAAGUCCCUCCUAGAGUAUAAGAGCGCAUCUGCGCUCAAAAUGUCCACGAUUUCCAAAGCGGGGAUUGGAAUCAUAAAAAUGGCAACGUCGCAAUGGAGACGCCAGGAGAAGACAGCAAGAGUCGUGCGCUCUUCAAGCACCGGCAAGCGGCACUCGUCCUCUGAGCGCUUCACCUGCAAGAAAUCUCUUAUGGAUCAGAUAAAAGCGAUGCUGCACGGCCAGACCAUCAGCAAGACUUGUCCAGACAAGUUGUUCCGCGCCAAGUCGCGGAACUGCCGGCGGGUCGUGGUGCUGGGCUCGCCGAAAGUGGGCAAGACCUCCAUCCUUCAACGAUUCCUGCGUGACAGUUUCGAGGAGCGCUACGAACCCACGUCCGAAGACUUCCACAGGAAGCUGUACCAGAUCCGUGGGGAGACGUACCAGGUUGACAUCCUGGAUGCCUCCGGGGAGAGGGAUUUCCCUGCCAAAAGGAGAUUGUCUAUCCUGACAGGUGACGUUUUUCUCCUAGUGUUCAGCGUGGAUGACAGAAACUCCUUUGAAGAAGUACGCAAAUUGCACAAAGAGAUAUUAUCGGCCAAGUCUAAGAUUCUACAUAGCAAAUCGAAGCCGCGCAUCCCCACCGUAAUCUGCGCCAACAAAGUGGACUUGGAGCCGGAGACCGGGGUGGUGUGCUGGUGGGAGGCUCAACAUGCGUUUGGGGAGGACUGCGCACUGUUCGAGACGUCCGCCAAGACCGGGACCAACCUGGAAGAAGCUUUCGAGGCUCUUGCCAAGCGAGGUGGACUUCCUACGGAGACCCGUCCCUCCCAGCAUCGUAAGAUCUCCAUACGCUCGUAUCAGGCGUUGCGUGCGGGGAGGAACACCCUGAGCGCCGUCAGAACGCCGGGCAUCGAUGCACCCUACGGCUCACUGCACCCGCUGGUGCGCCGACCCAGCUUCAGCAGCGAUCUGCGGCAGGUCCUGGGAAACAAGCGUGGCAAACCGCAGGGAAAAUUCCACAUUCGGUGAGAAAAUGACUGUUCGUUUUAAUUAUUGAGGGAUCGAUGAAUUCUGCACUUUCGAUUCAACACUGCAUGGGGCUAACAAGUGAUGUACAGAUUGAUUUUUUCACUAUUUUUAGUCGAAUAUCAUGAAGUUCUUUAAAACAAAUGCACAGACGAUGUGUACUUUACUGCUGUUUUAUACCGUGAAUCCUGGCUCGUCCAGUAGACACUGACCGAUCACUGUAUUUUACUGCUUAAUAUUAUUAUUAAUAAAUGGUACACGGUCUCCGCGACAUUAUAUUUAAGAUAGAUGGAUAUUACACGGUUGUUUAAAUAUAACUUUACUGCCUUUGAUGUGUAUUGAUUAAUAUUAAACUUUAUUAAAAGCAUUGAAAGGUUAAAAAAAAUAAACUGCUGUGCGUGUUUCUUUGUAACUUUGGACUUGAUGUUCAUGAUUAUUAUUAGUAUUAAUAUUAAUAUGAAGGAUUUAAUUACUAAGUACACAAAUGAACAGGGUGGACAAGUCUCAUUUCUGCAUUUCUUGUAUUUGAAAAUAUACACAACAGCAAUUCUUUGUUCAAAACCGCUGGAAGCCUAGUAUUGGUUAAUUUUUAGCACAAGGCAGUGAGCUUGUAGCUGUGGACAUCUGUCUGCCUGCUAGAUCCCAGUGCAUGCAAGCAAGCAGCAAAGUCAUGCCAUUCAUGGAGAUGCAGGGGAGGGUCAUAGGAGGGCCGGCAGCAUCACCUCCGUGUUGCUACCCAGAGAGAAUGGCAUACAUUUUUGAGAAAGCAAGGUCAACUAGUCCCUGGAGCACUUGGGGUGGAGGGCCUUGGUU